UCUGCCACCAACAGGCGUGUGGACCAAACUUAUUUUAGCGAUGGUCUAGUUUUUGUGUUUCUUUCUCUGUCUUUUAUUCUUCUUGCUACCUUCUAUUUUUCACUCUUGUCGUUAAUUGUCCUUUUACCCUCUGAUUCUUUAGUUAUUUUAAUGUGUUUCUUUGGCCCUGCUCUGGUCUUAUACGACGAAGAAACGGACUUGGCCCAAUUGGGGAGGUCGGAUUACCGUACAUAACCGCUCUCCGGUGUCGGCGUGGGGUAGAGCAAAUCCACCCCGCCGAUUCCCUUUAACAUCGGAGCCCCUGCUCUCCCGAAUACCUGUCCACUGCCCUGAGUUCCUUUCUGUGUUUUUAUUUGCAGUAAUUUGUGAAAAGCGCCAACAGAAUGCCGUCCUUUAACGUCGUUGUAUUUGGGGGUGACCAUUGCGGUCCUGAGGUGACUUCAGAGGCUGUCAAGAUUCUCCGUGUGAUCGAGAAGAGCCGUGGCGACGUCACGUUCAAUCUCCAGGACCACUUGCUCGGUGGUGGAUCAAUUGAUGCCACCGGAUCUCCUCUUACUGACGAGGCCCUCGAGGCCGCAAAGAACGCCGACGCCGUGUUCCUUGGUGCUAUUGGUGGCCCGAAAUGGGGAACUGGUGCCGUCCGCCCUGAACAGGGUAUCCUCAAGCUCCGCAAGGAGAUGGGUACUUUCGCCAACCUGCGACCAUGUAACUUCGCUGCCCCCUCGCUAGUCGAGAGCUCCCCGCUGCGCUCUGAAGUAUGCCGCGGAGUCGACUUUAACAUCAUCCGUGAAUUGACUGGUGGUAUCUACUUUGGCGAGCGUAAGGAAGACGAUGGAAGCGGGUUUGCCCUCGACACAGAGCCCUACUCCCGCGCUGAGAUUGAGCGCAUCACCCGCCUCGGUGCUCACCUCGCUCUACAACACAACCCCCCUCUCCCCGUGUGGAGUUUGGACAAGGCCAACGUCCUCGCUACUAGCCGCCUGUGGCGUAAGACUGUUACCGAAGUCAUGGCCAAGGAGUUCCCCCAGCUUAAGAUCGAGCACCAGCUUAUCGACUCCGCUGCCAUGAUUAUGGUCAAGGAUCCCCGUAAACUAAAUGGUAUCGUCAUCACCAGCAACCUCUUCGGUGAUAUUAUUUCCGACGAGGCCAGCGUUAUCCCCGGCUCUCUGGGUCUCUUGCCCAGCGCUAGUUUGAGCAGCAUCCCCGACGGAACCGGCAAGGUCAACGGUAUUUACGAGCCCAUUCACGGUUCCGCCCCUGACAUCUCCGGAAAGGGCAUUGUCAACCCUGUCGCUGCUAUCCUCUCCGUCGGUUUGAUGAUGCAGUACUCUUUUGCUCUUUUCGAUGAGGCCCGCGCUAUCCAGACGGCCGUGAGCAACGUUAUUGAGUCUGGCGUGCGCACUGGCGACAUUGGCGGCAAGGCCUCCACUAAGGAAGUUGGUGAUGCCAUUGCUGCUGAGCUAGAGAAGCUUCUGAAAAAAUAAGUGUUUGCGCCAAGGGCUUACUACUUCGGAAUAUUAAAGUGGACGCGAAAAGUACCUACUAUUUAGGGCAUUAGUCAUGCCAAAUGAGAUACGAACAAUUUGAAUAGAAUACCUCUUAUGGGAUGUUGUCCUUCCAUAUUUAUUAUUGAUUACCAGCACAGCUCUUAUAUCUGUCAUUG